UGAAUUGUCUAUGGUACUACAAAUGUCCGACUCUUGCGGUCCCUGUUUCUAAACAAUAAUACAUGAUAGUGAUAGUAAUUUUACGCAUUCGUUGUUACAGUUAACAUAAAUAAACCUAUAAACACAGCAUGCCGUCGUACUGUAAUAGCUUUCAGUUGAAUUGUUCGAAAUAGUGCAUUUGUCUUGCAAUGGCAGACGACAACAACAAGAACGAAGCUUCGGCAAGCAACCUCAGCGCAGAAGACGAGGCUUUUGAACAGGUUACAGCCACUAAUGACGAGAAUGAUUUCGUUUUACUCUCCGACAUCUUACCAGCUGAAGACACCCAGCAUUCAGCCGACUUUCCUGAUACGAUAGAAGAAAUACCGCUAGGAGCAGAAGAGGUAACAUCUACUGAAUCUUUCUUACCUGCCACAAUAAAUGGCAAUGCUAAUUCGAUCUAUGAGAGCUUAGGAGACUCACUCACCCCAGAAUACACUAGCACUAACCAAGCAUCCACUUCACACCUACAAGAUACUUCGAAAACUUCGAUCAAUGAACCAGUUAAGAAAAGAAGAGGCCGAAAGCCUAAAAACUGGAAAAAUAAUCAAGAUGCAACUCCUAAGAAUAUUGAUAAAAUUCCCUCAAACUCAGUCAAGAAACUUUCUGAAGAACCCAAUUCAUCCAGUACUCCAGUUGUACCUACUCGUGCCAGGAGGGGCAGAAAGCCAAUCAAUUAUAAAGAAUUAGAUGCAGGUCAGGACUUGGAUAUCACCUCCACAUCAGCUAGUGGUUUAGUUGAAGAUGGAAAUUCUCUUAGUCACACAACUAUAACUGACACAGAGAAUGACCUAGAUAAAUUGCCUAAAAAGCGAGGAAGAAAGAAGAAAACCAUAAAUGACAGUGAACAACCACAAAAUGAUUCACUAAAUAAUGUAGAAGAUCUUCAUGUAAAAUCCAACAAUGACAUCCAUAUGUCUGAGACAAGUAACACCGCUGUGUUAGAUACUGAUCCUGAAAAAAGCAAAUCACCUAAAAAGCGAGGUAGAAAGAAAAAGAAAAUAGAUGACAGUAAUUUGUAUGAUGUUCAGUUAUCUAAAAACCAUGACCUAGAUAUGGAUGAUGAUGAAGGUGACAUGGUUUUGAGUAAACUGAAAACUACUUUACAUGAAGAUGACAAUAAAGAACUUUCAAACGAUCACCUAGUUGUGGAUACUUUCAACAGUUUAAAUGAAUCAGUUGUGGAUGACAGGCCAACUAAAAAGCCAAUUCUUUCUGAUUUUGAGUAUGAUGUGAAUAGUGUGAUUGCUGAAACACCUAAUGUGGUGGUUGAAACUGUUGGGGACCUUGAUCCCAAUAUUGUGCCAGCGACAAUAAUAAAUAAAGUUACAAACAACACUGAAAUUAUUACUGAAGAUCAAACAUCUGCCGCAGAACAAAAAAAAGAUAAUACAGUUGAUGACACUUUACUGGUAGAGAGUAGCAGCAAGAGACCUCAACGUAGAAAAGCCAAACGCAUGAAAUAUGAAGUAGAUUCUGAUGAAGAUCCAUUUGCGAAUGUAGAACUUUCUGAUGAAGAUACAGGACGAAACAGAAAGAAAAGGCCAUAUGGUUACUAUUCAGAUGAUGAGUAUGUCCCCAGUAAACAUGAAAAGAAGGGUACACAAGAAUCUUCUGAUGAUGAUUUGAAUUCAUGGGAGGAUAUAGAAUCUGAAUUUGAAGACAGACGUCGUCGUAGAGGUCGCAAAAAGUCUGACUUAGGAUCCCUUAAUAAAAGUCCAGGAAAAAGGGGUAGGAAGAAGAUAGGUGAUGAUCAAGGCUCAUGUAUUUCAGAUGCAACGACAGUGAAAUUAGAUAACAUAAGUGAUAAUGCUCUUGAUGAUAGUAUGGACGCCAAAGACAAACCAAGGGCCAAUUUUGCUUCUGGGAAUAAAGAAUUUGAAAACUUCCUUGCUCGUAGAAUGCAAGAAAAUACUUCAUUAAAAAUUAAAAAAGUUGACAAAAAAACUACUUCUGACAAUGUUGUGGUGCCAUUAGAAAUCCCAGUUAUGGAAGCUAAAGAUAUGAAACCUGUGGACACUAGUACACAAACGAACAUUGUAGCAACUACAUCUACAUCAGUUCAAACAACAUCUGCAUAUGCAAUAAAACUUGCAAAGAAUAUUGAUCUAUCCUCUGAACAGUCCCAAAAUGCCUGCGAAUUUUUGCAAUCUAUUCUGAAGACCACUACAGAAUUAGGAACUUUAAUGACUGAGAAAUCUUCUGAGUUUAUUGAUAAGAAAAUUAAUACAACAUAUGUAAAAGAUACUACUCGAAUUGAUUACUGUGUUAAAAAAGCUUUCCUUUUGUUUAAAUUAGCAAAAGAUAACUUGACAACUAUGGAAGACAAUUUAGAAAAACAAUAUGAAGAAUUUUUAAAGAGCAACCAACUGUCUGAUGCUAUUGAAGUAGAAAAGAAAAUUAUUCCAAAAGCAAAAGAACAAAAUAGUGAUAGUGACUGCGAAAUAGUUGAUGUGGUGCCUGUUCAAGAUAAAGGUAAAAAAAAACCUGAAAAACCGAAAUUCAAUCCUAAGACAGUAUUCUUAAAUAAAGAACUGUCUAUUAAAAUUGCAAAAAAAACCCCUGAGAAAAACAUAUUUAAUUCCUCUAAAAAGAAUAUAGAUAUCACAGGAAAAAAUUCAGUGUGGCUCAAUGAAUCUGUAAUGGUAAAAAAAGUAAAGUCGCAGUCUUUUUUAGCCCAGGACAGCCGAAAUAAAAAACCACCUGAUUUCGGCAUUACAGAAGAGAUGGUGAAGUUGUUCUUUGACAACUAUUACUCUACAGAGGCAUCAGUACUAUGUGCUCCAUACACCUCUACUGAGUGGCUACACAUAAAUAGACCCGUUGAUGUGAUAUGCAAUUAUUUCAUACUGAACAAAGAUGAGCAGUCUGCUUCUACUAUAAAUGAAACUGUUACUAAUGCUGGAAACACUGACACUGAUGACAGAGAGGCAAGAGAGAAGUUACCCAUUGUAGCCCAAGACCCAACUAAUAUGAGUCAUAGCUCUCCUAAAUCACUGUUCAGUCUGUGCUCUCAAGUUCUGCUGAAACACGUGCAAGGCUCCAGCAGCCACAAUGUUGACACUUUAUCCAAUUUGUGUGUCAAAAAGGUUUGCAGUAAUUUAAACACAACAGGACCAACCACAACCAAUGUGUUUAUUGAAAAAACCAUUUCUGACACAGAUGUUGAGCCAUUGGAAUGUGUUGGAGAACAUUUAGAUAUAGUUUAUGAUGCCGUGUCGUACGUGCCGCCUUUAAAGCAGCUAUCAUGCGAAAAAGUUAUAGAACUCUGCAAUAUACAUGAAGAAAGCACGUCAGAAGAGAGUGAGAAAACAGAAGAGUCUUGUGAUACCAAUAUUGAGCUGGAGGAACUGGCACGUCGCAAUAAUUAUUUCAACAGUAUUUACAUGAAGACUUUGUCCAAACUUUGUGUGGAGUCAGUUCAAAAAGAGAUUUUUGUAAAGAAAUCGAGUAAAGACAUCAAUGGCGUGUGUGUUAAAGACGUUUGGUACUCACCUGAUACAUUACAAAAAAUAGCUUUUGACUUUCUUAAGUUAUUAUUGUAUCAGGACUCUCAAUUGGACCCAGAGACUUGCCAUGACAUGAAUGAAAAUAUAUUGAAUUCAAAUGAGAUUGUUUCUUGUAAAGCCAAUGUGGUCAAAAGCCUGUUCAAACUAAGCUUUCAGAAGAUUGCUAAUUUAUUCAAUGCACACGAUAACACCGGUGAGCUCACGGGAGACGGAACCUUCAAUGAAAUGACAAUAGGUAAUAUAAACACUAUUGCUGAAGAAACAUUUUUCAACAUGGACGAGACAUCAAACGAUGUAUACCACGAGACAAAUUUCAGUGAAGAAGAUGAAACCUAUUGUGACAACGAUAAUGAAUAUGAAGAUGAAAUAAAUGAAGCUAAUCAUGAAGAUGACCAAAAAGUUAACUGGGUUGCACAGUUAAAACUAAAAGAACUCAAUGGGUAUGUAUCAAACAUCACAAAUCCACUAGAAAAUGGAGAUGAACAAACAAAUCCUGUUGAAGAUUUUUCUGCUGUGCGUAUCAAACAAGAGAUACCAGAAGAAAUUCCAGAUUAUAGUCACUUAAAUAUAAAAAAAGAGCCAGAUUUUCAUCCAACUGAAAUGGUUCAUAUACCGAAUAACGUAAGAACUGAAAUAGAAAAUAUGGCAACUAAGAGAGAACUAAUUGAUAAUCUAGAAAAUGUGCGCCACUGUUCACCUAUUCAGGUUGAACGAGUAGGUAACUACGACUGUGAUAGUUUCGAGACUUUUGUCAGAACAAACAAAAUGAUGAUGAAUGUUUCUGACAAUGAAGAUGAUUCAAUAUUCAGUCAAAGUGGCCUGCGAGUCCGACGACAACAUCAACCAGACUCGGACAAUGAAAAUGAACAUGAUAUGGGACUCUUAGUUCCUACUAUAUCAGAACCACUUUCAAUUUCUACAGUAAAAGGUUCUCUUCUACAGGAAAGUAGUGAUGAUGAUGCUACUAAAGAAAAGACUGACAAAAAACAAGACAAACGGAAAAAGGGCAAAUCCAAAGGAAAGAAACAGGUUCCUGCUAAAAAUAUUGCAGAGAAAGAUAAACCUGGGAAAGUACAACCAAUUGUUGAACAGCCAGAAAACAAAGAAAAAGCCAAGCAGACCGUUGAUGAACCAGAUCUGACUGAUGUUUCCAUUUUGACCAGAAGAAUGAGGGAAAAGAUUAGAAAUAAAGAGAAAAAAAUUGAGUCAUCCGAUUCUGAAACUGAAGACUCAAUGUCGUUAUUAGAUAGAAAACGAAAAGUUACCAAAAAAGUAACUGACAAGAAAGAAAUUAAUAAGCUCAGCAAAGUUGACAAUACCUCAAUGAGUAGCACAGUUGAUGAUGAGAUUCAAUGCAAUAAUGUAGAUUCCACUGAGCAAAUUGGUGAAAAUUAUGAUACAAGUAAAGUGGAUGCUAAUGAAAAAGAGGUUGACUCUUUUUCGGGCUUUAGUGCUGCUGACCAAAAUGAAAUCACUGAAUAUCAAAAGUAUCUCAGUGAUGUAUAUGACAAAAUUCUUCCUGGAAAUGGAGAAAGCAGUAGUAGCAAGCCCUCACAAGAUGAUGAUACUACGCCUCGUGACGAAUCUCCUGACAGGUCUAACUCUCCAUUUAUGAACAAUGACGAGCCUGUAGAGCUGUUAGAGUGUGCACCCACAAUGCCUAUAUUUGAGGAAACUGCUAAGAGAAAACCCAAACCUAAAAGCAAAAAACUUACCGAAGAAAAAGUAGUUGGUUACAAUGAAACACCAAAAGAAGUCACUGAAAAAAAAGCUGAUUCUGACGCAACUGUAGAAGUGAAUGAAGAAGUAGCCUACACUGAACGCAAUGGGUGGAAAUGCUAUCCUCUAAAUGGGACAGACGCCAAACUAUACCAAGUUCCUUACGUCGGCCUGGAGAAACUACCAGAAGAAUUUGUCGAGACAUACUUUAGAUAUCAAGAGAUUAGCAAAAUUAGCGAAGAAGACGCCGAAAUUGACAGGCUAAGCAAUUUACAAAACAUUAAUCGCUCCGGUCUGAAUGAAGGCAAAAGGCUUGGCAAAGAAAGGCAUCGUGAGAAGGGUGAUCGCCGGAGUUCUGAUGCUGACGUCACUGGUUUAGCCAGCCCGGACGCGUCUGGGGGAGAAUUCGCACCCUCCGACGACGAAGAUGUCAAUGUAGAAGACGAACUACCACCACCUGCUCCAAAGCAAUCGACAGACAACUCUCUAGCAAAGAACCUGCUAAUGGGCGAUGACAAUGACAGCGACACGGAAGCCUCCAAUAUCAAGAAAGAACCGAACACUGACCUACUCAAAGAGAGAAAGACUAAGGAGAAAAAAGUGACAGUGUUCAAGAACCCUAAGGACUUGGUGCUGACAGCUGACAAGAUGAUGAAGAAAGAGCUGGAGACACUCCACGCGCCAGUGGUGCUAGAUGGCGAGGCACCGGAAGUGGAAGCGAAGGAAAAGAAGUAUUCGCCACCUAAAGAGGCUAAGCACAAGGAGAAACAUUCAACAAGAGUUCAUACACGGCGCAGUAAAUCCGACGAUUCAUCUUCCGAAGAAGAGAAGCACUGGAUGUCGACUAAGGAGAAACUACUCAAGAGGAUGGAAAAGAGAACCAUAGAUGGCCCUGGUCCGGACGACGCGAAGCGCGCGAAGCUGGUGUCGGAGUACAUGCGGCGCGUGGAGAGCGUGGCGCCGGGCCGCAAGGCGGGCGGCCGCCGCGCCCGGAACAAUAGGAAGUUUCUGGAGAAACAGAAGCAGAUGAGGGUAUUGAAUAAUGAGCUCUUCGGUGAGCCACUGACAACGGGUAAAAGGUUCCACUCAAGCUAUGCCAAAGGAAGAAGGAACAUCAGAAAAGUCCUCGAUAAGAAAUCCCUGCAGAGAAGCACUGUGGUUGCUAACAUGGAGGAGUUUGAGAGAAAAAAACGGCUGCACAUGAAGCAAAAUAGACUGAGGGAGCUACUCGGCUACGAGGAGGGCGUGAACGUGCUGGUCAUCAACGACGAGGUGUGUCUGGAGUACGACUUCGAGGAGCUGCAGCCGGUGGUCACUGUCCACCCGUUCUUCACCAAGGUCAUGAAGGCGCAUCAGUACGAAGGCGUGAAAUUCAUGUGGGACGCGUGCUUCGAGAGCCUGGAAGUGCUAGAAGAGGGGCAGAAGGGCGGCGGCUGCAUCCUGGCGCAUUGCAUGGGGCUCGGCAAAACGCUGCAAGUGUUAGCUCUCUUGCACACCGUGCUAACCCACCCACGCGUCGGCAUGUCGAGGGUGCUGGUGUGCUGCCCGCUGUCCACUGUGCUGAACUGGGUGGAUGAGAUACAUAAGUGGCUUGGGCCGGUGACUAAUCAGAUUAAGGUAUUCGAGCUAUCGAAACUGAAGAAGACCUACGAACGCGCCUACCAGCUCGAAGACUGGUACACCAACGGAGGAAUCUUCAUAAUCGGCUACGAACUAUUCCGAAGUCUCUCCACCAUCGACGCAGAGUUAGACGAAGUCAGGCCCACGAUUGUGAACAAGAUACGAACAGCAUUACUAGACCCCGGACCAGAUAUCAUAGUCUGCGAUGAAGGACAUCUGCUGAAGAAUGAUAGCUCUGUGCUGGCCAUAGCCAUGAGUCGGGUGGUCACCAAGAGAAGGAUAGUGCUGACUGGGACGCCUAUGCAGAAUAAUCUGAGGGAGUACUACUGUAUGGUCAACUUUGUCAAGCCGAACUUGCUAGGGACGUAUUCGGAGUAUUCUAACAGAUUCGAAAACCCCAUAAUGAACGGCCAGCACCGCGACUCGCAAGAAGACGAUAUCAAAUUAAUGAAGGCACGAACCCACAUUUUGCACAAAGUGCUCGAGGGCUGCCUCCAACGACAGGAAGCCUCCGUCUUGUACCCAUACUUGCCAAAGAAACACGAGUACACGGUGUUCAUAACCCUGACUAAAUGCCAGUCGGAUAUGUACAAGCAUUACCUGGCGCAGUGCUCGGAAAAUACAAACAAACAGAGUAUACUGAGGGACUACAAUGUGCUGCAGAAAGUGUGGUCGCAUCCGCGAGUGCUGCACAACUUUCAAAUGAAGAAGAGGGAUGAAAAUCUUUUGAAAAUGGAGCGUCUAGAAGACGACCUAGCCCGCGAGGACCUGACCGCCACGGAGGACCUCAAGCCCGGCGAGACAGACGUGUGGUGGCUGGAACACCUGGACGGGGGCAACAUGCUCGAUGUACUAGAGUCGUCCAACAAGUUUGUGACCGUGUUCAACAUACUGCAGGAGUGCGUCGCAUUGGAUGAUAAGCUGCUAAUAUUCUCCACAUCGCUCUUCACCAUGGAUGCUCUGGAAUACUUCCUGAAGAAGAUCACUAGAUGGAGCCUCGGGCAGGAGUACUACCGGCUGGACGGGUCCGUGCCGCCCGAGGUGCGCCAGAAGUGGUGCCGCGAGUUUAACGCGGAGCACAACCAUAAGACCAAACUGUUCCUGAUCUCCACGCGUGCUGGUUCCCUUGGGCUCAACAUGACGGCGGCGAACCGCGUCAUCAUCCUGGACACGUCGUGGAACCCGGCGCACGACAUACAGAGCAUCUUCCGAGUGUACCGCUUCGGGCAGAAGAAGGACUGCUAUAUUUAUAGGCUGGUCGCUUUGGGCACGAUGGAACAGAAGAUCUACGAGCGCGCGGUGACGAAGCAGGCCGUGUCGUGCCGCGUGGUCGACGAGCAGCAGAUCGACCGCCACUACAACAUGGCCGAGCUCACUGAGUUAUACAGCUUCGACGAGCGCGGCUCGGGCGUGGCGUCGGGCGUGGCGUGCGGCGUGCGCGACGUGGCCCUGCUCCGAGUAGCACGGGGCGCCCAAAUACACGCCGUCCACGAGCACGACUCGCUACUGCGGGACACUCGCGAGCAGGAGCUGACCGAGACCGAGCGCCUCGCCGCCUGGACGCAGUUCCAGGAGGAGCACACGCACAAACAAAUGCAAAACCAACUGUUGCCAAAAAGUAUAAUCCGUAAGAAGCUGGAAGGCGAUCAAUACUCCACGCUGGCCAUCCAUGCGGAGCUGACCGCGCCCCCCGCGCCCACCGCCCCCGCCGUCAAGAUAGAGGCCCCCGACCAACCACCCGUCCCUACAUACGGCAAAGUGCUCGCAGGACCCAAGUCCAAGAAGGGACGCAAGUCAUCCACCGUCACCUGCGACAUUCCCAUACAGAAACCAGACAUGACGCCCGAACCGACCCCCGCCAGCCAACCAGUCACCAUCGUGCCCGACCAGAACAUGAUGGACCCGCAAGCCAACGACAUGGUCAACAAAAUCAGGGAAGCUCUCAGCAAACAUACGUUCAACGGAGCAGUCAACCCCACAGAUCUUGCUAAGCUGGUGUCGAAUAUCAUUUCCAAUGUGUCAAUAACCGCGCCGUCGACCGGUAAUAAUCCGAAUUUCUCAGGCGAAGGGCAAAGCGCAGAGCCGGAACCGGAACAAAUAAUACCGGAUCAGGACUAUGAGCUUCAACCGCAGCAGCGAGCGGCCCGGCCCCCGCCCGAGCCAGCCCUGCCGCCGGUCGAGGCCGAGCAGAGGAAACGGGGACGACCCAAGAAAUACAUAGAACCAGAAAAAGAAAAACAAACGACAGGCAACGCUCCAACAGAAAACACGCCGGAAAAAGAAGACCCUUUCAAUUUGCUGACUGAGAGACCGACCAAUUACGAACGAUUACCAAAACGAGGGCGGCCGCGGAAAUAUCCUAUCAGCGAGACGGAUAUCACUACUGCGAUUAAAAUAGACAACAGUCUAGCGCAGCCCACGCCGCGGCAGCGCGGGCGACCGAGGAAGUCUCUAGAGACUACCCCCACCAAGCCCGACCCGCCUCCCGUCGUUCUAGAAGAUUCCCCGGACAGCGGCGGCAAACGACGCGCAGCGCUUGCCGCCAACAAAAACCUACAGAACGAAGACUCUAUCAUAGACAUCGACGACGACGAUGACGUCAGAGACUACGACGACGCAGACUACGUACCCGAUGAUGACGACAACUCACAAGACGACUACCAGCCCGCCAGCACAGAACCGGCAAAGGGGACUAAGCCACCGGCCGUCAAAACUAAAACUGAACCAGUAGCUACGCCUUCGGGAACUAACGACAGUAUACUAUUGAGCGACGACGAAGGCGACGCUACAGCGAGCGCUAUUCCUCUCCAUCCGUCGUUGCUGAGUAACAAGAACUUUAUCAAGAUAGUGGCUCACACGUACUUGAAAGGGAACCCGAUGAUGGACGAGGACGCGGCGACGCUGGCCGCCGAGUAUAGCACGAGCAAGGCGCUUAAGGAGUACAAUGAGACGAAGAAGAGUAUCACCAGCGGGCCCAUUUAUGACAUAGCUAUGCAGGUCUUAGGCGUAGACGUGCUGAAGAAACUCCAAGGCGCAGAACCGGCAAAAAAGCCGACUUAUCCGAAACCAAAGCAAGAUAUCAAACAAGAACCAGUUUCGAAACCUGGGCCAAAAACUUUCAAAGAGAAGGCCAAACUAGCUGCGACGAAAGCGCCUACGAUCAGUGUUAAGUCUGAGGCGUCCUUGCGCCAACCAGUAAAUGUUAAAAGCGAGCCCGAAAAGGUUACAAAACAGAAUAUAAUAAAAUUAUCUGCUAUAUCAAGGAAAAGAAAGCAGGAUUUGCGACUGGAUCCUGAUAUCUUGAAUGCUGCGUUUACUUCCGCCAGCGGGCCUGGCGUCGUGCCGGUGGGACUCAUAAACAGAUCCCAGAACAUGGCAUAUGAGCCGUUGCCGUCGGCGCCGUUCCCGGAGCAGUCCGGGGACGAGUGCAUCCUGCCCGACGACGACGACGUGCCCCCCGCGCCCCCCGCCGCCCCCGCCCCCGUCUACCGCACCCCCGGCGGACAGACCGCCAUCAUCCUCAACUCCCAGGCGCCGGGGAGGAAAGACGAAAUACCAAUGACUGUAACCUCGGGACCAUCCAAAAGGCAGCCCGUCGUCAAAAAAUUGGACCGCACCUUGACAGAGAUGCUCAUCAACUCUCAAAACCGCAAAAACGAAGGCGAGCCUUCCCCUCUUAUACCGAUAUCACUGUCGGACCUGCCCAAGAACGCCAGGAUAGUGCGGGUGCAGAAGAUCAGCCGGCUGACCCCGUCGCAGCCGCUGCUGCAGGCGCUGCCCCCGCCCCCGCCGCCCCCGCCCGCGCCCGCGCCCGCCCCGCCGCCGGACAGCAUCUGUCUGGACAGCGACGACGACGACAUACAGAUGAGCGAGCCCAUGCCGGCGUACGUGGGCGACACGGUGAGCGUGACGACCGCGCCCGUGCCCGUGUCGCUGCACCGCGCGGGCGCCGCGCCGCCGCCGCCGCCGCCGCAGAUCAUCGUGCCCAACGUCGUGCGCCAGACCAGGACCGUCGUCCGGAGGCCGCCGUCCAUGCAGCCCGUCCCCCCCGCGCCCCCCGCCGGCGUGCAGGGGCUGGAGGUGCAGCCGGGCGGCGUCAUCGCCGUCGACGGCAUGUACCUGUCCACCGUGGCGCCCUCCAGCGUGGUGGUGAUCCCCGCCCCCGCCCCCGCCGCCGCAGCCGCCGCGCAGCCCUACCUCGUGCCCACCAUACAGCACACGCCCACCGGGACUAGGAUAGUCAUGACCCAGCCAACCACUAACGUCAUCGAUCUGGAAAAUGUUACGCGCCAAGAGACGGUCGACGGGCGCCAGGAGCCGAGCCAGCCGGCCGCUAAUACCUCCGGUCGCGCGAAAGCUGGCGAUAAGGUUUUGAUACCUGGAGCACCGCCCGCUCAACAAACGAGGACUCCGGCCGUGCUUAAGAAAGCUAAAGCUUUGGCUCAAAAAGUUCAGGCAGAGACCAAACAAGAUCAGCCGGUGGCUAAGCCAGCUCAGCCUGUAGCUAAGCCGGCUCAGCCUGUAGCUAACCCAGCUGAGGCUGUAGCUAAACCAGCUCUGCCUGCGGUGACGCCGCUGGCCGCCAAGCCCGGCCCCGCCAGCAGGAAGCCGCCCCCCCCGCGCGGCCGCCGCGUGUCCCUGUCCAGCUCCAGCAGCAGCUCGCGCUCGCCCUCCCCGUCGCCCUCGCCCGCCCCGCAUGACCCUCUCUCUAUAUUCAAGAACGUCGUCCACAUACAAGCACCCGGCGACGAGCCGCCCUUGAAGACCAUCACGCCCACAGUAGACAAGAAGAAAGCCCCCGCCAAAAACCCGCCAGCUCAGACGACAACCAAGCAGAAAACCCCUACCCAACUUCGACUGCUGGGCACAUACGACCUGACCGACGCGCCGGCCUCUACUUCGCAGAAAACUGUCCCCACUAAACUCGGCAACACGACUAUAAAGCCGACUACUAGCAAACCCGCUGCGGCCAAAGUUGCUGCAUCCAAGCCUGCGCCCACGGCCGUCUCCAAAUCACCUUUGACGCCGAAACACGCUUUGAAGAGCCUGUUCAGUAAAAACAUAUCCAUGAUACCGUCAUCGUCAAGCGAUUUCUUUAAGAAGGGUAAAAAGUCCGUAGACCUGCCAAAGACGCCACCGUCGACGAGUAAAGACACGGCGAAGACUUCAGGUUCUAAAAAGCAGGAGCAGAUGAGUAAAUUGCGUGGUAAAGCGGAGGUGACGGCCAAGCCCAGCGCGACCGUGAGCGGCACCUCCAAGAGCAUCAUCAUCGGCGGCGCCAACAAGACGCUUGCCAAGACCUCCGCCACCGCCGACGGAAGCUCACCUUCGUCGUCGGGCCGCGUCGUGCACAUCACCAACAUGCAGACGAUCCCGGCCAAGAGCGACGCGAAGCGGAAGGCGCCGCCCACGCCCGCCCCCGAGCCUAAGAAGAAGAAGCCACAACCCACGAGACUAGAAGAUUUCUCCCUGGAUGACAUUGAAGAUAUAAUUGAACUAGAAUAGAUGGUAUAAAUGUUUAA